AUGGACGAUGACUUGAUUGUCAUUGACGAUGUUGACGUUAUCGAAUCUCAGCCAGGUCCCUCCUUUACCAUCGGAGCUGGAGCAGUGAAUACCCAAUCAUUCUAUGCGAAUUCGCGUCCAAGAUCAGUCGCAGAACGGUCAUUGGCCUCCUCACGCCUUCGAAGCUCCAGUAACCCUCCUACCCACCCCACAAUGGAAACCUCGGAACGUACGACGCGAUCAUCUAUAGCGAAGCCCAAGGCGCAGCCGAAGCUGAAGCUCAAAUUGAGCGAAAAGGCCGCAGCUCAAGCGCCUGGAAUGUCGUUCUUGGGUCAAUAUGAUCAUGAACUAGAUUCAGAUGACGAUGAUUUGGCGUUUGAGGAGCAGUUUAUUUUGCGGAUGCCCCCUGGUGAGGAUGCUGAUAGGCUAAGGAAAACCGUAGCUGCUCGAGAGGUUGCAAAUGAUGUCUGGUUCAAGUUCAAGGACUCUCGAAGAGCUGUGUUUCACAUAGGCAAUAAUACCUACUCUUCGAAACUCGUAGAUCUUCCUUGUAUUAUCGAGUCACAGAAAACGCUGGACAGCAAGCAAAUGUUCAAGGUGGCAGAUAUAUGUCAGAUGUUAGUGGUCGGAAACAAGAUUGCAGAUGAGAGCCAACUAACGAAUCACAAGAACUUCAAUAUCGACGAGUUUAUUUGGCCUCAUGGGAUCACUCCGCCUUUACAUCACGUUAGGAAGCGCAGAUUCCGGAAAAGGGUUAACAGACGGACCAUCGAAAGUGUUGAACAAGAGGUCGAAAGACUCUUGGACGAAGACUCGCUAGCCACGGAAGUUAAAUAUGAUAUUUUGGAGAACGUCAAUCCAGAUUUGUCGGACUCUGAAUUCAUUGAACAGGAGGAACCCCUCAACGCCCCAACGCCAGCAAUAUCCGACACGGGCGAUGCCGCUACACCUGGUGACGAUUUAGGCGACGAAGAAGGCGAAGAGGAAGAAGAAGAAGGAGAGGAGGGCGACAUCGACGAGGAGCUUGCAGCUGAGCUCGACCUAGCACUCGGGGACGAGGAAGGUAUCGAUGAUGAUGAAGAGGAAGAAGAGAGUGAAGAAGAGGAUGAGGAGGAUGACGACGACGACGACGAAGUACAAAUAAGAAAGCUGCUCAAUGAGGAGAUCAGAGACUUGGAAGCUGCUGUUUUCAAGAAAGGCAAGGAAAUUGCCAGCUCAGCCAAUCCCCUCAUACGGAAACGAUUUGAGGAUGCGCUCAAAAAGCUGACAUCUGAUUUGGAAAUGAAACUCGCACAACGGGACGAGAUGAAGGAAAAGCAGCGGCUUAGAAAAGAAGGUAUUGCAGUGGAUGCCAUCGAUGAUACCGAUCCAGACAUCAUCGGGAAUGAGGAAGGGGAUGGAGAUGAGAACGAGGAAGAUGAUGAUCUGUUUGGGCCAGAAGAGGGAACAGAAAUUCGUUGA